AUACAUCAAGGUAACAAUUCCGAUGGACAUUAUUUAAGCAUAAUAAUCAUUACAUGAUUCUUUUCUAAUUUUGCUUUGUAUAAAUGAAGUCACUUAAAAAGCGAGGGGUAGGGGCAUUACAUUAGUGAGAGGUCGUUUUCAGGGAAGAAGAGAAGGCAACAAAAGUUGAAAGGUCCACAGUUGAGUAUGUUGCCCAAUAAUAAUUGACCACGUCAGUUUGACCAUCCUGUAAAGUAAGAAGUGGGCCCUCAAGUCUCAACCAAACCCUUGUGCUGCUCCUUUUACACACUCUCUCCGCUUUACCUUUCCUCCUCAUGCCUUGUCGGCCCAUUUAACCAAAACACUACUACUACCACCGGAAUCUGACUUUUUUGCCGGCAAAUUUUUGUCGCCGGGAAGUCUCAUAUGACAGCUCUAACUUCACUUGUUUCAGUGCUUAUUUAUCUUCUGUAGUUGAUUCUCUGCUGCUGCUGGAGAUCUUGGUUCAAUAGAGAGAUGUAUGUAGUUCCUCCUCCUAAACGAACCGAUCCAUUGUCUGGAUCCAUCAAUGACUCCGAUGAUUUGCGUAUUUAUCAGACAUGGAAAGGAAGCAAUGUCAGUUCCCCUUACCUCUUCCAUAUUGCUCUACUACCUCUUAAACCUCUUUUAUCUUCUGCUUUUAUUUUUAUAAACAUGUUAAAGCUUCAAUCUUUUACCAGUUUUCUGCUAGUUUAUUGUCAUUAUUACAACUACUACCAACUAUACUCAAGUCUGCUGAUCAUAACAACCUAAAAUAAUCGUCCUCGAUUGAAUUGACCUAAGAAUCAGAAAUAUAGACGACAACGACAACAUACCCAGUGUAUUCCCACCAAAGUGGGGUCUGGGAGGGUAGAGUUUACCCAAUUCGUACCUCUACCUCAGAGGUGAGGUAGAGCCUGUUUCCGAUAGACCUCCGGCUCAAGACAACAACAGUGUAUAUGAGGACGUAAUAGUAGUACUAGAAACAACAAGUAGUAUCUGAAACAAGACUACUACAGAAUAAUACGACAAACAAUCUAUCCCAACACAACAGGCAAGAAACAACCACGACAUCUACUAGUGCAGACAACAAGACAAAAGCACUCCUACCUACUAGCCACGAUGCAAUCCGUCCUACUAGCCGUGGACCCUAAUCCACGUCUCCCAUGAUUUUCUAUUUAGGGUCAUGUCCUCGGUAUGCUGUAACUGCGCCAUAUUCCGUCUACUCACUUCUUUCCUUAUAUGUCGAAGGAGAAAUCCCCAAUGAUUCUGCAUCCUAGUUCAUAGUGCUUAUGAGUGUUUAAUGACCAUGGAAGCCCUAUGCAACCCGGAGGACGAGCGCACCAGAUGUGGUCAUGCUAGGUCAUGUUAUCAAAUUUACUGUUGUUACAUUACCAGGUUUCUGGCUUGUGCAAUUAUACUUCUCAGAAUGAGGUUUUACUUAGAGCAGGACAAUUGUAAAUUAUUUUGUCUCAACUAUAGGACAAACAUAUUUGGUAGUCCAAUGCUGAUCAUAUGUUCAUUUAUAACUGAAAAUCUUUUCCAGCUUUUCAUGUGUUGGAAAAGCCAGUUCUUGAUUUGCUGAAAAGUGAUUUAUGCUUUACAUCAAACCUCCCUGUGUAAAAACUGAAUAAGUUAUCUCUUAUGUAUGUUUCUUACAGAAAAGAAAGAAGAAACAUUUCCAUGAGAAGAGUUUCACGUUGCAAACAGAAUAUAUGCCACUCUUUUUCCUUAGUUUCUGACUUUUAAUGUUCUUCUCUGUGUGCAGAUAUUUUCCUUUCAAGGAAGGUUCAUAUUUGGGCCAGACGCAAGAUCCCUAGCACUGACCAUAUUUCUCAUAGUGGCCCCUGUCUCUGUUUUCUGUGUCUUUGUUGCUAGAAAGCUGAUGGAUGAUUUUUCAAACCACCUGGGGAUAUUGAUUAUGGUUGUAGUUGUUGUGUUCACAUUCUAUGUUUUAGUUCUUUUACUCCUUACAUCUGGAAGGGAUCCGGGAAUAAUUCCUCGUAAUGCACACCCUCCAGAACCAGAAGGUUAUGAUGGUACUGUUGAAGGUGGUGGACAAACUCCUCAAUUACGUUUGCCCCGCAUUAAAGAAGUUGAGGUUAAUGGCAUUACCGUGAAGAUCAAAUACUGUGACACCUGCAUGCUUUAUAGACCUCCCCGUUGUUCUCACUGCUCAAUCUGCAAUAACUGUGUUGAAAGAUUUGACCAUCACUGCCCUUGGGUAGGGCAAUGCAUUGGGCUGAGAAACUACCGUUUUUUCUUCAUGUUUGUCUUCUCUACAACACUUCUUUGCAUAUAUGUUUUUGGUUUCUGCGGUUUCUACAUUAAGAGAAUCAUGGUUCUAGAAGAAACCACCGUAUGGAAAGCAUUGAUCAAAACACCAGCCUCCAUUGUUCUGAUGGUAUACACUUUCAUAUCAGUGUGGUUUGUUGGAGGUCUUACUGCUUUUCAUCUGUACCUCAUCAGUACUAAUCAGACUACCUAUGAGAAUUUUAGAUACCGAUAUGAUUGGCGUGCCAACCCCUACAACAGAGGAGUGAUGCAGAAUUUCAAGGAGAUAUUCUGUACUAGUAUUCCUCCAUCCAAGAAUAAUUUCCGUGCGAAGGUGCCCAGGGAACCCCCGAUGCCAACUCGGUCUGCAGGUGGGGGUUUUGUGAGUCCAAACAUGGGAAAGGCUGUGGAGGACAUAGAAAUGGGCAGGAAAGCGGUUUGGAGUGAAGCAACGGAUAAUGAAGGACAACUUAGCGACAAUGAUGGCCUGAACAUUAAAGAUGGUGUUUUAGGGCAAAUGUCUCCUGAGAUAAGGACAACAGUAGAUGAGGCUGAUCGUGCGGGAAUACAUCCUAGAGGAUCCAGCUGGGGAAGGAAAAGUGGAAGCUGGGAGAUGUCACCUGAAGUUCUUGCUUUGGCAUCAAGAGUGGAAGAAGCUAAUCGAACAGGUGGGAGUAGUGGCAGUAGCUUCACAGCAGCCCGACCAACAGAUCAGAAGUUGUGAUUAACAGAUAGUAUGAAAAGUGGAUUGAAUAGAUUAGUGUAUGGUAUGUGAUCGAUCAUUCAGUGUUGUGUAUUAUCAGUGUUGACGGGUGUGGAGAUGAUGUUUUAGGGAGUGAACUGUUGUGUGAUUUGAGCAGUGCUUUUCAUUCCUAAACUUGUAUUGUAUGUGUGGAAUAGUUAGUGUAAUACAGUAGUGUUCUCAUAUGGUUUAUGCUUAUCUUCUCUC